CUUGCUUGUCAUAGUUUUUGAAAAGUCGAACGGAACAGACUUGAAUAUUUGCAACGGUCAUUAACCGCCACUGGCGCCUCUUAGUCCCCUAUAUAAUUCCCAUGCACUCGGACAUUGCCUUUCACAGUUUUUAUCGUUGUAUUGUAUCCAACCACCAAAGAAUCUCGUGUCUGAAACAUUCCCGGUAGUGGCGGCGCUGUCUCUUUGGCAGCCGCUGCUACGUUUCCUUUUCCCCGCUCGAAACAACAAGUUUAGUUAUUUGUGUCUCCAAUAUGAUCCAUCGUGAUUAAACACUACAUCCAUGGAUAAUAAUAACAACAACUCCGGGUUUGUUCCGAAUAAUGAUACUGAUGAUGACUGUACAUUUCUCCAAACCUUGUUGGAAAUGGACCCCCAACAUUUCUAUUUACCCACUGAAGAAUUCGAUUCACUGUCCCAACAACAGCAACAAAAAAAUGAUCCUUUUGGCGUUGAAAAGGGUAAUAAAGUUUCCUUCCUGCAGGGAAAUAAUAAUAACGAUUUUCCCAUUGGAGAAGGAGUAGUUCCUGAUGUUGUUGAUGUGGAGGAGGAAGAGGGUCCACCGAGGGGGGCGGGUAAGGAACUGAUCCCCGAAGGCCAAGGUGAUCGAUUCUUCAUACAUGGCGAUGAUAUUUUUUUCUUUGGAGAAGGAGGAGUUGGUAAUAACGUGGAUCCCCCACAAGAGAAUCAAACUCAGCCACCAAAUAACCAAGAUGUGAGGUCACUUUGUCCUUGGCCCCCACCACCAGAGCCAUUCUCUUGCAGUUGCUGUGAAGUUCUUAGACAAAUAAAUUACACCAAUGGUGUUAGGUUUGACAAGCUUGAGAUUCAUGGAACAGUCGGGGUGAUUAACCACGCAAUAUGCCACGUUGAGGAUAAGACAUCGAAUCGUCCUCCAAGGGACACUUAUCAAAUAAUCGAUUUCUGCAAUAAAAACACAGAAGAAAUAAGGAAUUUCCUAAAUGUUUACUGUAAAGAGAGGAUUGAAGCAGGGUUCAUUCCCAUAGAAGAUCCGUCGAUGUCUGCCUUUUAUGAUGCCCUCUGCACUGGAAUGGAUUGGACUGAAGUUUCCAAUGACGUAGACGAUGAUUUGGGUCCACCAAAUGGCACGGAGCAAGAGUCGGAGUCUGAACCUGAGGCUGGGAAUGGAAGAAGGGCUUCAACUUCUAGGCCUAGACGACGUGAUAUGGCAGUUCAGAGGCAGAGAGUACCAAGGAUGACAUUGAGUGAUUUGAGCGGUGUCUUCCAUUUGACUAUUAGUGCUGCAGCGGUUAAACUGGACGUAAGUAACUCUACCGUGAAGAGUAUAUGCCGCAGAGGAAAAUUGAAAAGAUGGCCCCAAAGAAAGGUGCAAAGCCUUGCCAAGAAGGUCAGAGUACUCGUUAGAGCAUUGAAUUCGCCUGAUCCAGGGGUGAAGCGAAGAACUCAAGAUGAAAUUCGAAGACUUCAGAAAGAAAUAAUUGAGAAUUGUGGUGGAAUUACCCCAACCGGAAUACCGAUGCUCCAAUUCGAUGAAGAAGAAUGAUGGAGAGAGGAGACUAUAAUAUAAACUCUGUUAUUCGAAUUAAGUUCCCCUUUAUUUCGUACCAACGUCUGAUUGUAACACUGUUGCUUUGUGGCGGGUUAUUAGAUUUCUUUUGAUCA